CGGGGGGAGCCGCGGGGCCGUGAGCGGGGUAGGCUGCGCCCGUACUUAAGCGCGCUGCCCGAGCCGCUGACGUCUUUCGAAUUGGAGACGGGCUGCCCCCCUCCCGCCCCGGGCUCCCGCGGACACGGCCGGGGACGGAGCCAAGGUACGAGUGUCUGUCUAGAAUGUCCAGGCAUGCAAAAAAGCUUAGAGAUCACGAUAUAAAUCCAUGUCUAGCGGAAACAGAUGCCACUACAAAAUGUAUGGAUGACAACAACUAUAACAAGGAUCUGUGUACUGAUUAUUUUUUGAAGUACAAAAACUGCAGAAAAUUCUGGCACGAAAUUAUGAUGCAAAGGAAGAGAAGUGGUGUGAAACCAGAGAUGCCCUCAGCAGAAGAAAGAAAGAAAAUCUUGGAAUCAAUGGGAAAGCCCUACUGACCAGAAACCUAAAUUUGAUUGACUGUUGUCACUGUAUAUAUGAAGAUUUAGCAGCACCAAGUUACAGUUUAUUGAACUGGAUUUUACAGUUGCCUUACCUUGGAUUAAAAAAAAAUAGCUUAAAUUUUGAAAUGUGUGAGCUUUCUAGGAUAGAACUUCCUGGGUUUAUUUAUACUUCCUGUCAUAGGAACCUGGCCUCUUUUUAUUGGAACAUAGGGGUAUCAAUGCAACUUGUGUAGAAACUUUUGGAAGAAGAAGCUACCUUGCUGUGAAAUGCUAAAUAUGAAAUUAAUGGGACUUGCAGAAAGUCUGUUUGAAAAGAUGGGUUUGGCGAGCACUGCAGUGUGGUUCUAAGACUGGAGCAGGCUGAGAAGCUGGUACAUGCAACAUAUUUCUUGCACUCAGCUGUUCUGCUCAAUAGUAUGGAUUUACCAUGUGUGAUUUUUAUCACUAUUUUCACAUGUUGUAUUCUGUGUCCCCAGUUUAAAUACCACUGUUCAUGAACUAAAAUCCUAAAUCCGACAAGCUGGUCAUUAGGUCUGCCACUGCACUUGUCAGGGACAGCAGAAGCUUGCAGUAAAUCAGAUCUGCAAGCUUUGCGAGUUAGAAGGUUAGAGAGACUGGUGAAGGUAAAACUGAACUCCUCACGUCUGAGUUGAAUGGUCUGUGGAUAGUAAAUAGAUACUUUGGUGGCAGGCGGGGUGGGGGGGAAUUGCAGACAUGUAAACAGAUCCUCUGAGUGACAUGGCAGGUUUAACUAUAGACUAAGACUCUGGACAGCUGAAACCUGGAGUUUGGAAAUGCUUACUCAUACAAGAUUACAAAGCUCAGUUUAAACAGGUAGUCUAAUCUUAAAUAAGGUUGAUUCUUUAGCUAAAUUGAACAACUAAUAGAUUUAAACAGGUUGCUGCCUAGUAGAAAGAGUGUUUUUUACCUUUUGGUGUCCUGGCUUAAACGCUUUUAUCCUGUGAUAAAACAGAAAAACUACUGCCAUGAGCUCAGGUUCCAUGUGAAAUCCUUUAGUUCUUACUGGGAUCAACUUGGCAGAACUCUGGCUGACCUCAUGAAGGAUAGUGUAAAAGUGUUGUCUCUCUAUUUAGACUGUUUUGGAAAGGCUUCACCGCUUUCUGUUUCUCCUGUGUGGCUUGUCUUGUUUCUUUCCACUGUAGGCCUAUUUCAAUGCUUGCUGUAAUUUUUAUGUUGCGUCCUUGUUGUUUGAUUUGACUAGUAACUCCACAAAAUCUGCUUUUGCGCCUCCUUUCUGUUCUCCAUCUACAUCUGAGUUUUGAAAUGGAUUGAUCUUACUCUCUCUGUUGGAAUAAGUGGAUAACUCUAUGCCUUUUGAGUAUACAAUUCUCCAAGCAAAGAUGUGCAGCCUUCAAGCAUGUCACAAGUUCUCUUGUCAGUUCCUGGCAAGGAAAAUGUACUUUUGUCCAUCAAGAUCAUAAGAUUCUUUUUUUCUAAUUACUUUCUCUUCACCUAAAGUACAGACUUUGACAUUUUCCUCUUUUUGUGCUUUUUGCUGUUGUUGUCUUUGGUCAGUUGUUUUUGGUGAGGGGUUUGUUUGUUAUUGUUCCCCUGUGUGUAGAGCUGAAUAUAUUUACAUUCUAGAGUCAAGAGCUUGCUGUUUUCUGUCACAUUCUUGCCACCUCUUAAUACCCUCCUACAUACCAAUCUUUCCGCUUUUUUUCCCCCAUUUGGCACUAGUUCAUUUUUGACUGAUUUUAACAUUUUGGUCCCUUCUCAUUGCAGUUUUUUUCUAAUACCUUUUUUCUGUCUUUGAUUUAAUGAUGUAGUCUUGCAAUGACUUUCUACUACAGCUCCUUUUGAAGGUCACAUGUUCUCUGCUCUCUCUUUCAUAGUGAGAGAACUUCUUGCUUUUAUUAAACUUAGCCACAAUACUUCUUCAUUAACCAUGCCUCUCUUUGAUCUUCUUGUUCAUCUGCAGAUUUUGUGGAGCUGUUGUCCUCUUCCUUAGGGCUGUGUCUCUUCAGACUCUUCUGGCUUUGCUGCCUUGCUUGUCUAAGGGCACCUUCUCUCCUACUUGGCACAGGUUUGUCAUUUGCCACCUCUGCUGUAUCUUUGGACAUGUUCUUUGCUCCUGUGGCUUUAGCUACUAUUCUAGUGCUUGCUGUUUUUCUGUUGCUGUGCUCUUAAAUUCUGGGCUUAUGUUAAAAUCUGCAGUAUAUUUUAAAUAGAUGCAAGAAAAACAUCAUCUUGUUCUUGAUAUGGUUAUGCCCAUAUUUCUUUGCAUAAGCUCAAGUUCCAUAAAGUUGUCUCAUUUAUCCUAGGGUUUCCUUUCAGGUUCAUUUUGUAUGUAGAAAUGCUCUUUCUCUUAGGUUAACACUUGGACUUACAAGUUACAUUUUUUCUGAUAAUAUUUGCCUGGGAAGCUUCUGCUGGCAUUGUUUUCUUUUAAAAGAUGACUGGCCUAUUUUUGGCAUUGAUAGGUACCCUGUGCUGCUUUGUAAAGGGUUGGUAAAGAACUAGUACUGGUCUUCAAAAAAUCAGAAAGGGAGAUGCAUUAGUGCUUUCAGGUGUCAAUGCAAGAAUGUGGGAUCAUUGGAUGGGCUAAGGCACAUGUAAUGCAGGAACUGUAGUCUAACAUUAGACUUCUGAUCAUCAAUGGACGCACAUGGUACGCCCCCGUGGAUGUUACAACAAAAAUGAGCUCAGUGUGGAACUGAGGGCAAUUUAAGCAGUGACCUUGUAGAUUUAAUUCAGGUAAUCAGCCUUCUGUUGUAGGGAAUGCCAUUUAUUUCCGUUGCAUAUGCCUUACUGUUAAGUAACAGAAGUUUAUGAAAAAUCUUGGGAGAGCAAGGAGUUUUCUUUCUCAUGUUGUAAUGUCUCUCAAGAGUGAUCUUUUACUUGAGUUUGAGUUGUUACUAUUGUUAUCCCUCACUUGAGGUUGCUGCUUUUGCUUUCACUACUGAAUCUCGAGUGGUAAAGUGUGAUAGCUAAAACAUAAGCUCUUAUGAAUUGAGAUUUUUCCAUUAAUUUUUGUAGCGUGAUUAACUGCUUUUGGUUUUGAGCCAAAGAUAAUGGUCUUUUCCUCAUACCUGAGAGCUUGCAUUCCACGCUUCACUGAAACAGAGGUACGCUGCAGCUUGCCACUCUUACUGGAUGAAAGAAACCUGGACUCAAUUCUUUAUUUCCCUAAAGCACAUUCUUGUAUGUUAACGCAGUGGAUUAAUAUAAUUAAUUAAGAAGGAAGGGACCUGUGGGUUGAGUUUUGUGUUUUGGGGUUGUUUUUUUAUAUGUAUAACUACUCCUUUUGAUUGCAAUACAAGGACCAAAUCUGGAUAGUGGCAUUAAUGUUUGAUAAUUUUUUAGUUUGACAGCUGGAUGGUGCUGUUGUACAACAGACUGAAAACAGAAGCACUCCACCCACUACGGGCUCUUUCAAGCUUUUUUGGUCCCUUCCCACAGAGGUGGCAGAAUUCAUCUAAUAGAAAAGAAAGAUUUCCCCUGUCUCUAGACUUUAAAGAGAAAAGGAGGACAGGAGUCUUAAAUCAUUGCUGGGAAAUAGGAGAUUUCUUUGCAGUCUGAGUAGCCUUGGAAUAUGGUCCUUAAUAGAUUUUUUUCAGUGUAGUUAUUUGAUCACAGCUAGGCACGGAGCAGCAGCUGUAUGCUUUCUCCCAGGUCUAGGUGAAUAUCUUGAUUCCCACAUGUACAUUUUUGCUAUCUCAUUUUUUCUCUUACCCUACAGUGUAAGGCCCUGUCUAGCUCAGAGUCUUCUGUUGCCACAAUUGGGAUGAAUCUGUGCUCUUGAAGAUGUUCAAAGGAAGUUCACAAAAUUGCCGAGUAUGCUGAUUUGGAAGAGACCCACAAGUAUCAUUGAGUCCAAGUUGUCUAGAUUUAGAGUCCUGAAAACUUCUUUGGAUUUAGCUGAAGCUUUUGAAAGGCAGGGAGUUGCAUUUGUUGCUGCUCUGAGUCUCUUUCAUGGUCUUGUAAUGAAACUUUUGCACUGAAGUGAUCGUGAACGUGUGCAUAGAUCAGCUUUUGGUAAAACUUUUGCAGAACAGAUAAGAUGAAUUUAGGGUACAAAAUGUUAUGUUGCUCUAAUGCAUUUGGAGACAGCCCUUAACUCAUGUUAAAAGUAUCUAGACCUUAAAAGUUGGUAUUCCAAAACAGCCAUGAAAGAAGUAAUUAUUGUGUGGAAAAACGGUACACUGUUGCAGGCUUUUCUUUUCUUGGAAGAAUCAGAGGCAACUGGAAGAAACAAUUCUGUAAGUAUUAAAGUAGUAAAAAGUAACACAAGCAGACUACUUC